UUCUCUUUGUAGCAUUUUUGCUGUUAUCGUCAUCUCAUUUCUUCUCCUACUUCCGAAAUAGCAUUCUUUCCAUUAGUUUGAAUUCAAUUCUUGUCCACUAGUAGUGGGUUCCUCUCAAAGUUGGAAACAAAGUGCAGAGCUAUGGCUUUGGUGGGUAAAGCAAGAGAAGCAGGGAUUCCAUUGAUGAAGCUGAUUAGAUUAAAAGGGGUUCCUAUUUUGGAACAAUUGUACUUAGAGGAACGGCUGCUUCGGACUAGUUCAGAUAAUUGGUGUCUGAUUAAUGAAGGAACAAAUUGCCCUGCCAUUGUCAUGGGUUUGUCUGGGAAACUUUCAGAACUUGUUGAAGUCAGGUCUGUGUUGCGGGAUCAGAUUCCUGUCAUCAGGAGGUUUUCUGGGGGAGGCACUGUUAUUGUUGACCAAGGAACUAUAUUUGUUACUCUCAUAUGUAAUAAAGAUUCUGUUCCAGAUAUUCAGCCCUUUCCUCGUUCCAUCAUGUCAUGGAGUGGUCAGUUAUACAGUGAAGUUUUUGAAGGGAUUGGUGAUUUCCAUCUUCGUGAGAAUGGUACAUAGGUUUCGCCUUAAUCAUUGUGCUUUUAGUUUUUCAAGUCAAUUUAGCUGUCGCGUUCU